CGCGAGAAAUUCGUUUGCCGACUUCCGGUUAGCUAUUUGUGUACGGGACGAAGAAACGAAUUGCUGUUGUUCUUUUCAGCAGUCGAUUUAGGAAAUCUUCAACUUGAAAUUUGAAUGCUUGCCGUAUUUAUAAUUUGAACAACAUAUAUACUGAGAUGUCGGAAGACUUGGUGAAACAGUUGAACAGCUACAAAGCCCAGCUACAGCAAGUAGAAGUUGCCUUAUCUACCGAUGAAGAAAAUGAAGACCUCCUUAAACUCCAGAAAGACUUGCAGGAAGUCAUCGAUCUGACAACAGACCUUCUUACCUCACAACCCGCUGAGAGUGCUUCAACUACUAAUAGCUCAGUGACAGCGCCAGUGAAGCAGCGCUGGAAAGUGGGGGACAACUGCCUGGCUGUGUGGAAUCAGGACGGACAGACUUAUGAGGCUGAGAUUGAGGAGAUAGACCGGGAGAAUGGCACCGCAGCCGUGACCUUCGCCGGGUACGGGAAUGCUGAAGUGAUUCCUCUGCAGAACCUCAAGCCAUCCGAGGACGGGAAACGAAAUGCCGACGAUGGGAAGCCUAAAUCAAAGAAAGAACAGAUACGGCAGAGAAUCAGAGAGAGUAUAAGAAGAAAAAAAGCCCAGAAAAAGGUUCUGAGGAUGAAGGGAAUUAGACAGAAGAGGGAGGGAACAAAGUCAAAGUAA